GUGAGAAUCUCAAGAUGGCACAAGUCGAAUUCGAGUCGAAUCGAGCGUUGCCGUUGGGGCCAGCUUGCGCUGUACUGAUUAGGAGGAUGGCGAGAUGCUCAUGCACGAGUGCAAGCUGGACGACGACCCACAUUUUCUGAACCAUGCACAGUCUCACAAAUCCAGCGAAUUCUCCGGCGACACAUCCCAGCACGUCGAUCAAAGUUGGCUCAGACGUUUGGCUCAGGAGCCCGACGGCCCUUCGUGCGUGGUGACUGUGUCCAUGAUGACGGGGAUCACAGCGUUGCCAUCAGGUUACGACACUGACAGCUCACGAGCGAUCGGUCCAGUGCCACAGAUGGCCGUCGCAGCCACGCCUCAGCUGAUUUGACGGCUUCCAUAUUCCUGCAGUGCAUGGCUUUUUCUUCGUCAUGGUACGAAGCAGUAACGCGACGGUAGUGUAAAAUCUGCUGCCACGAUGACCAGUAGCCUCCACCUCAUUCGGUACACUAAGCUCUGCGACUGGGCCGCGCUGCGCCGCGCGCUCGAGAAGGCGCUCCCCGAGCACCUCGAGGUCCGCGACGAGUACGGCAUGCUGGCGCUGCACUGGGCCGCGACCGAGAAGAAUAUCCCUGUCGGUAUGCUCGACGUGCUCCUGGAUCUGUACCCAGACGGCGCCAAAGUCCUCUCGACGGCCGGGUACCUUCCGCUGCACUUGGCCAUUAUGGCUGGCGCGUCCAUGGCGCGCGUUCAGCGCUACAUCGCCGCGUACCCCCAGGGCAUUACGACGGUCGCGCCGUCGGGGCACUCGGCCUUUGAGCUCUGGGAGACCAAGAUUCGCCUCGACACACGCACGCUCAAGCGCGGCGAGGGCCUGCACAGCGCGCAGUCGGCGCUCGUGUGGGGCAAAGCCAUGAUCAGCGACCUCCUCAAAGUGACGCCGCAGAGUCCGUCCCUGCGGCGGCGGCGCGGCGACCUCUUGAGCCGCGCGGAGAGCGCCAGCGCACUCCCGAUUACGCUGACCGACGACCCUGUCCGCGAGUGGGACUGGCUCGACGUCCAAAGACGUCUGACGCUGCACGGCCCCGAGGUUGCCCGCGAGCGCGACGACCGCGGACGACUGCUGCUCCACGGCGCGAGCCGCGCGCCCAUCGAGAUCUUUGACGCAAUUUUGCGUGCCAACCCAUUGGCGGUGCGGGCCAAGACGCGGUCGGGCUUGUUGCCGCUGCACAUGGCGGUGCGCCAGCACGCGUCGCCACGCCGGCUUCAGCGGCUCCUUGACGCGUACCCUGGCAGUCUGUACGAAGAAACGUACAACGGCGAUACACCACUCGAGUGGGCUGACCGCGUGCUCUUGGACCCAAUGGCGUUGGACGUAUUGCGAAAAGGCCAGCGCUCGCCACUGCACAAGCCAUCGACCGACUAGCGAUUCCUCACCUUGAUGUGUUCUAUGGCAUUUGUAUCAACCAUCCUUCUCUUCUACGACUUCGACGAGCUGAUGAUGACGAUGUUAAAUGCAAACAAAUAUUGGUGCAACCUAGCACCUUCC